AUGCCGAAAUCCACUCUCAAACCUUGGUCCUUUGUCAAGCCCGACCCUGUGGUGCGGGGUCUUUAUGGUCUGUAUGCGACCCUUGGUCUUGGGAGUCUUGAGAGAAUUCAGUCGUUGACAAGGGAAACUACAUGGGAAGGAAAUAUCGGUACUUACUUGGUAGACUUGGUCAAUGUAAUCGAGCCUUAUCUUUCUACUCUUUCUAUCCGGAGUGAUGAAAGAAAGCCGUAUGUAUAUGGUGUCCUCAUACAAGAGCUAACUUCCCAAAGUCGGGUUUCACCUCUCUCCUUUUGCUUGAGAUCCCGAAGGUUGUGUAGCUUGGGGGCAAUUCAAGGACUUGAAAACCGUGGUCACAAGAGCUUGCUUGUGGGCCCACAGAAAGUGGCUAAGGUCUAUGAGCAUAUCUUGUUUAAGUUGGGAGUUGAUAUUAGUUAUCAAAAAUCCUUAGUUUCGACAAGAGGCUCCGCCGAGUUUGCCAAGAGGUUUCAGGUCCGGGGAUUGAGGGUCAUUUACCAGGCUAUCUCGAUCAAGAAUUUCUCAAUUAGCAUCGAGCCUGGAGUGAAUUGUGCUUAG